CACCUCGAUAUCGUGCGCGAUGUCGAGUCAUAAGAAAUUGCUUGAGUAUUCAUCGUAUCGUAGAAUGGUGAAGGGAUGUCUUUACAUUGUCGGUUUGUGGCCAUCAGAAAAUCCUAAAAUGUACUAUCGUUUGCUACCAUACGCACAACUACUACUAAGUACAAUGACAGUCGUAGCAAUCAUCAAUUUUCUGGGGCAUCACAUAAAAAAUAUCAAUGUUGUUAUUAAAGUUGUAAGCCUGCUGACAUCAACAUCACUUUACAUUCUCAAACUAUGUUCUUUGACGAUUUAUCGCAAAGAAAUUUUGAGAAUUCACCGAAUUUUACAUCGAUUUUACAUGGAGAUUAUCGAUGAUGAAAGAUUAGUGGAGUUUGCAUGCAAAAAAGUGAAAUUGUGUCAUUAUUUAGGUGGAUCUAUGGUAGCCACUGUGUAUGGUAGUUUUUUCCUGUUACUGGUGCUUCUGCCAUUGAUCAACAUUUUCAUCCAGGAAAUUCAACACCACGAAAAUAUCAAGUACACCCUUGUCUACCCGACCAUGUAUCCAUGGAAUACCACAUCAAAUGGAUUACCCUACAGAAUAACUUAUGUUCUUGAGUCGCUCACAGCUUUUAGCUGUUGCAAUGUGACAUCCGGUGCUGAUUGUUUAUUGUUGUUCUGGAUUUUCCAAGUGACAACUCAACUUCGGGCGAUGUCUUAUCGUCUGAAUAACAUCAGAAAGGACGAUAAUUAUGAUAAAAUCAUAAGACAGAACAUUGUUCAAUAUGGAAUCUUGAUGCGACUUCGUGAUGAACUACAGAAAAUUUACGGUCCUAUUAUAAUGUACAAUAAUAGUAGUGGUGCUGCAUUAUUGUGUACACUCAUAUUUCAGUUGACUAAGGCGAGUUCAUUGACGAAAAUUCAAAUAGCCAGAUUUACAGUGUACGCUAUCGGAAAAACUCUUCAAGUAUACAUGUACAGUUGGCCUGGAACUCUCCUAACUACAGAGAGUGAGAAUUACAUUCGAAGUGUUUACCUGUCAGAUUGGGUUAAUCAAUCAGCGUGCAGAACUUCGGUGCUGAUGACACUCUCCCAGAAGCCAUUGACUUUAAAAAUAUGUCACGUAUCAUUUAUGUCGGUCGAGAUGUUUGCUGUGCUGAUAAACACAACAGUUUCUUACUAUCUUCUGUUGAAAACUAUAGCUCCGGAGCCAUAAUUCAUCAGUUCAGCAAGCUGUCUCCUCCAGAUAGAACCACAAAUUAGGAAGGCGAUCAUUUUCUCCACCUCUUGUAGAAAUCAUAGUCUACGUCAUGAA